AAAAAAAGAUUGUGUUCAGGGAAACGGAAAUGUCAGCAAGUACUGCGACGCAGGCAUCAACACAGUAUAUCUUUACUUUAACAAUAUAUAAUGGAUUGUUAAUUUAGGGGGAUAAAUAGUGAUUUAACGUCGUCAAAGAGUUAACUGCAAAUAUGACAAAUGUGUACUCCUUCGAUGGCAUACUGGUGUUUGGGCUGCUGUUUAUUUGCACAUGUGCAUACCUCAAAAAGGUCCCUCGCCUCAACAGCUGGCUGCUGUCAGAGAAGAAAGGGGUGUGGGGUGUCUUCUACAAAGCGGCAGUAAUUGGGACGAGACUUCACAUUGCCGUGGCGAUUUCCUGCUUAGCCAUGGCCUUCUAUGUUGUUUUUUUGAAAUGAUAAACUGGACGUCUGCAGGUUGGGAACGGACUCAUCUGUGUGGUCAUGGGUUAGGCCUCGUUGUGGGACUUUUCUUGGAUUGUAUAACAGGUGAAACCUCACUGGGAAUGAGAACCUUUGUGAAAGUCAAGCCAGUGCUGCCCCCUUCUGAUGACUGCAAACAUAGCUCCUUCAUGAAUAUUUGUGCAUUACAAACAUGGAGGGCAUGGAUGAAUCUCCUCUCUCUUACGAUGGUGGAAAGAGUCUGCUGGUUUUUAUGGUAUCAUUCUGUUUUGGGGUAAUACUGUUUGCUGUCUUCAUCAAUGCCACGUGGUUCUUUACAUCAAAGGAUGCAGAAAAUCAAAAGGCAGAGUGUAUAUUAUACAUUUUACCUGUAUACAACGUAUGAUUAGCUUAGCUGUAUAUAUUUGGAAAAAAUACCAAUAGAGAUUUGCCAGAUGUUAUGUGAUCAGACUGAUAAAGAUCCAUUCCACCUGCUCUCCGCUAUGCUGUUUCUGUAUCUUUUUUUUUUCAUUAAGUGGCGGAGAGAAAGA